AUGGCCUGCUCAGUAGCCGUUGCGGGGGCGUCGCCGGUGUUCUCCCCCUCUCACCGCAAGAUAUCUCUCACCUGCAAGGCAUCUCCAGAGGGGCUGACCUUGUCCCCCGAUAUCCAUGCUCCCGGGGGAUUGCCUUCCGCCGCCGCCGUUUCGUCGUCGUGCUCUUCGUCGUCGCCGUACCGGCUCCGCCUGCCACCGGGGGGGAGCGGCCUCAGGGGCUUCUUCAGCAGGGAGGCGCUUGUUCCCGUGGAUUCCUCCGGCGAAGGUUGCGCCGCCGUGGCUCUCGAGGCCUCGUCUCCAGCCGGCGCUGGGACGAGCGCGGUCCUGAAGAGGAAGCGGCCCGCCCGCAUACACAUCCCUGCGAUGCAGCCCCUCGACUUCGCCUCCAGACCUAGCCGCGGCGACGAGGAGGUGGAGCAGGAGUCGAGUCGGUUCUCGGUUUUCUGCAAGAGGGGGAGGAAGAGGAAGGAGAUGGAAGAUCGGCACAAGGCUUCGUCAGACGGCCAGGGAGGUUCCCAGAUGGUACGUUUCUUGCUUCUUUCGUUGCUGAUCAUGUUUCGGCAGAGGAAGAUCUUCCAAAAGAGCGGUCCCGUAAAUAAUCUCUCCAUUUUUUGCAGGCGUUCUUCGGCAUUUUUGACGGCCAUGGCGGCACGACCGCCGCUGAAUUCGCCGCGAACAACAUGGACAAGCACAUAAUGGGGGAAAUGGCGGCAGGGAGGGAGACAAAUGGCUGCCACAGAUACGAGGACGCCGUCAGAGCCGGGUACCUGAAGACGGACAUGGAGUUCUUGGAGAAGAAGGCGCCCGGCGGGGUCUCCUGCGUCACGGCGCUGAUCACCGACGGCGAUCUCAUCGUCUCCAACGCCGGCGACUGCCGCGCCGUGAUGAGCAGCGCAGGGGCUGCGGAAGCCCUCACCUCCGACCACCGGCCCUCGAGGAAAGACGAACGCGACCGGAUCGAGAGCCUCGUGAGUAUUCAUUCCUUCCGCCAUGAAAAUAGUACACCUCCGAUGAUCGAUCUCAUCCCUAACCUUGGAAAUCCUCUCCUUCUUCAGGGCGGCUACCUGGAUUAUCGCCGCGGGUUGCUGAGGCUGCACGGUUCCCUGGCCGUGUCUCGGGGAAUCGGAGAUGGACACCUCAAGCAAUGGGUGACAGCCGAACCAGAGACGAGAGUUCUUAGAAUCCAACCCGAAUUCGAGUUCCUGAUUCUGGCCUCCGAUGGGUUAUGGGACAAGGUAUGAAACUCCUUCCCCCUUCCCCCCUCUUCUCUCUUUUUUUCCCUGAGAAAUCCUCCUCCUAAUCCUCCGUUCUCUCCCUUCCAGGUCUCCAAUCAGGAAGCUGUGGAUACGAUCAGGCCGCUGUGCGUGCAAUCCGGUAAACAGUCGCUGCUCUCCGCCUGCAAGAAGCUCGUCGAUCUGUCCGUGGGCCGUGGUUCAGUCGACGACGUCAGCGUGAUGAUCGUCCUGCUGAGAGAUUUCCUCUAA